AUGGCCUCGCCUUUCCCCCAGUCUACGGCCACCGCAGGAGGAGGUAGCAUCGUGGCCGGACCACUGCCUUCCGGCGGCACCGGGCUCGAAAUCAUGCAAUAUCAAUACCCUCUCAAGCUCAUUUCGCCAUCUGCUUCGAGCGAUCAGAGCAGCGUCCUCGUUUUUCUGCUCUCGUACGGUGGUGGCCUGGUCGGCGGCGACUCAGUCGACCUUUCCGUCAAGGUGAAAAAUGGCUCAAAACUCAGCCUGGUGACACAGGGACACACAAAGGUCUUCAAAUCUCCGUCACCAUCUGUCUUGACUAGUCAGGUCAUGCGCGUCGAGGUUGAGCCGGGUGCUGCCAUGUGCCUUCUCCCGGAUCCCGUUCAGCCGUUCGAAGGGAGCGUCUACUCACAGACGCAGAUUUUCAAUACCAGGCCAAGUUCAUCGCUCUGUCUGUUGGAUUGGGUUACCCAGGGGAGAACCGCAAGAGGCGAGAAUUGGAGCUUUGUGCAGUGGACAGGCCGCAACGAGGUGUGGCUGCAGGACGAUGCAGGUAAAGGCAGGCUGCUCGUCCGGGACAAGGUCAUUCUUGCUGGGGACGGCGGUUCCUCAAGCGAUGGGCCUUUGCGCGAAAUCAUGCACGAGAACGGAAUUUUUGGUACUCUAAUUCUACGGGGGGAUCUCAUGAAGUCUCUGGGCGACUUCUUCCUGACCGAGUUCGCCGCUCUACCUCGACUGGGCUCCAGAGACUUUCGCACGGCCGAAGCUCGCAAAGCAGAAGAUGACAGCAUGACGGAACACGAGAAAUGGCGCUCUUGGAGAAUUGAUUUGGAGACGGUGGAAGGCGUAUUGUGGUCGGCUGCUAAUGUCCGUGGCUGCGUUGUGGUCAAGUUUGCCGCGACGGCAGUAGAAGCUGGCCGAGAAUGGAUAGGAUCGAUGCUUCUCAGAGAAGGUAGUAUCGAGGACACUUUCGGAGAAGAUGCCUUGAUGUGUGUUCGAUAG